AUGGGCUCUACAUUUGCAUCGUUAGCAUGCAAAUUUUACGAACAAAUCAUUGGAGACCUUGAAACUCCAAAACGAAUUCUCCAAACGAUCCGAGCCAGGAAUGAGCUCCUGUACGAAGGGAAGGUCUUGGACGCAUUGAAAUCACACUCGGACGACAAUAGUUUGGCAGGUGCUAAGGAAAAGACGAGGCCAAGGUUAAACUCGUAUCGGUUAUCGAGUGGAUUCUUUGCACAUACCCUAGCCGACAUGGCGGUUUUGGCACUGUCAGAAUUGUUGGAAGUGAGUGACGAUAAAUUUGAUACUAGAACAUUAGAUUUUAUGAUUGAAGAAUUGAAGUCGGCGGUUCACGCACCGGGAGAGCCAAAACCACUUG